AUGAGCAGACACAGCAUCAGGACGGUGCUUCUCAUCCUGUCCACCGUCCUCUACCUGCUGAUCGGGGCAGCCGUGUUCGUGGCGCUGGAGGAGGACAGCGAGAGCAGCAGGAAGAAAGCGCUGGAGCAGAAGUUGAACGAACUGAAGAGGAAGUACGGCUUCGGCGAGGAGGACUUCAGCAAGAUUGAGCAGGUGGUGCUGCAGUCGGAGCCGCACAGGGCCGGCAGGCAGUGGAAGUUCAGCGGCUCUUUCUACUUCGCCAUCUCAGUCAUCUCCACCAUUGGUUAUGGCCACGCCACUCCUCGCACCCAUGCUGGCAAAAUCUUCUGCAUGUUUUACGCGGUCCUGGGGAUCCCUCUGACCCUCAUCAUGUUCCAGAGCCUGGGCGAGAGGAUUAACAGCCUGGUCCGCUUCCUCCUUCACAGAGCCAAGCAGGGACUGGGCUUCCAGAAGACUGAUGUGUCCAUGGGGAACAUGGUGGUGAUGGGUUUGCUGUCGUGCAGCAGCACUUUAUGUAUCGGAGCUGCAGCUUUCUCCCAGCUUGAAGGCUGGACCUUCUUCAACGCCUACUACUACAGCUUCAUCACGCUCACCACCAUCGGCUUUGGGGAUCUCGUGGCUCUGCAGAAGAAGGACGACCUCCAGAAGAGACCCCCAUAUGUGGCGUUCACUUUCAUGUACAUCCUGGUCGGUCUGACGGUGGUCGGAGCCUUUCUCAAUCUCAUCGUGCUGCGGUUCCUGGCCGUCAGCGCUGAGGCGGCGCCAGGGGAGGACGCUGUCGCUGCUGACCCGCGGUCAGACAGAGGCUCAGGCGGUCGUGACACGGGAUUAAAAGACACUGACAGCAGUCACAGCAGUGGCUGCAACCUGAGCCUCCCAAUAGAAACAGGAGCCAGCUCCAUUAACCUGCUUUCUUCCCAACACAAGGAGCGUGUGCUGGCUAAAUCUGAGCCGCAGGAACGUUUUCAUCACACUGAAACCAGCAGCGUCGGAGCUUGGUUCACCUGCUGCUGCCUCGACUGGGGUCUUUGCCCCAAUCGUGAUUCACCUCGCCGCGAGUGGGACCAGGGACACAGCAACCCUGUGUUCUACAACUCCAUCUCCUACAGGGUGGACCAUGGCUCAGUGUCCCAGCAGGCUUCUCCGAGCAGUGUGCCUUUAUUCCUGAACAGAUGUGACCGUCACUGCAGAAGGAAGUCCUUAUAG